AUGCCUCAAACCAAGUCUCUCUCUCUCCUGACAGCUCUGCUGUCCGCCACCCGUGUCGCUGCCCACGGCCAUGUCACCAACGUCGUCGUCAACGGGGUCUACUAUGCUGGCUUUGACAUUGGCAGCUAUCCCUACAUGUCGGACCCUCCCAAGGUCGCCGCUUGGACCACCCCCAACACCGGCAACGGCUUCAUCGCCCCCAGCGAGUACAACUCCGCCGACAUCAUCUGCCACGAGAACGCCACCAACGCGCAGGCUUAUAUCGAAAUUGCUGCUGGUGAUCGCAUUCAGCUUCAAUGGACAUCUUGGCCGGAUUCUCAUCAUGGCCCUGUGAUUGAUAUGCUUGCUUCAUGUGGAGAGUCGUGUGAAACUGUUGACAAAACUUCGCUCAAAUUCUUCAAAAUCGACGGAGUAGGGCUGGUGGACGACUCGGAGGUCCCCGGUACCUGGGGUGACGACCAGCUGAUCGCCAACAACAACAGCUGGAUGGUUGAGAUCCCCAAAUCCAUUGCGCCCGGCAACUACGUUCUUCGCCACGAGCUGAUUGCCCUGCACAGCGCCGGCGACAAGGAUGGCGCGCAGAACUACCCCCAGUGCUUCAACCUCAAAGUUACCGGAUCCGGUACCGACUCGCCGGCUGGCACCCUGGGCACGGAGCUCUACACUGAAACUGACCCCGGCAUCCUGGUGAACAUCUACACCUCGAUCUCCUCGUACACCGUCCCCGGUCCUACCAUGUACUCCGGUGCCGUCUCCAUCACCCAGACCACCUCGGCCAUCACCUCGACCGGCACCGCCACCGUCGGCUCAGGCGCUGGCAGCACCGGGGCGGCCGUCUCCACUGCCUCUGCUGCCUCGUCUGCUUCGGCCACUACCUACUCGACCAUCGCCGUGCAGGUUCCCACCACCCAGGCCCAGUACAGCACCCCGGUCCCCUCCAGCGCGCCGACAACCUUCAUGACGGCCCCUGCUCCUAGCAACCCCGUCCCUGACACCACGUCUACUACGGCGGCUACCCAGGCGUCUUCUGCUUCUGGCGCGACUCAGUCUAUCUACGGCCAGUGCGGUGGACUGAACUGGAGUGGUGCGACUGGCUGUGCUUCAGGCUCGACCUGCAAGGAUUGGAACCCUUACUACUCCCAGUGUGUGCCCAACUAG